AUGCAGAGAUCGUGUACAUCAUUGGCUCGAUCUCUUGGAAGAACGAGAGGGUUUUGCACAUCAAAGAACAGCGAUAAGAUCGUAGCUUCUGUGCUCUUCGAGAGACUACCCAUCGUUAUUCCCAAAAUCAACCCUUUUGUUUACGUUUUUCAAGAGUUCUCGUUCCGGUGGAGACAGCAAUAUAGGCGGGCAUAUCCUGAUGAGUUCUUGAAAAAAUCUGAUGCCAGGGGCAAAGGUGAAUACCAAAUUGAUUAUAAACCAGCUCCUCGGAUCACUGAAGCUGACGAAACUAAUGAUAGAAGGUCAUUACAACGGGCGCUGGACAGAAGGCUGUAUCUCCUCAUAUAUGGAACCACAGACGGGGCUUCCAGUGAGAAGCCUGUAUGGCAUUUUCCUGAAAAAGUUUACGGGUCUGAAGAGACGUUACGCAAGUGUGCAGAAUCAGCAUUAGAAUCUGUUAUUGGAGACCUUUCCCACACGUACUUUGUUGGAAAUGCUCCCAUGGGCCAUAUGGUUAUACAACCAGCAGAGAAUGAGAAGGAUCUUCUGUCACUCAAGCGUUUCUUUUUCAAAUCUCAAGUGAUCGCGACCAGCAAGUUUAAGAUUGAGAAGUGUGAAGAUUUUGUUUGGGUGACCAAGGAUGAACUGUUGGAGUAUUUCCCCGAGCAAGGCGAAUUCCUUAACAAGAUGAUCAUCAGCUGA